AUGAUGAUCGAUGAUUGUGAUGCUCAAAAUUCCAUGGCCGUUGUAAUGAGAAUACGACCUCACUUACCGGACGACAUUAUCCGCCAAAUUCUCUCACACCUGCCAACUAAAUCCGCCAUCCGCAUGAGCAUUCUUUCUAAGCAAUUUGAAGGUGCAUGGUGUUCCCUCCCUGUAAUAGAUCUCGACGAGGGAAAGCCACAGGCCAACCUUGAUCGAGGUAUACACUUCACCAACAUCUUGAAAAGGUAUUUGAAAUUCCGUACUGAGAACAAAGACCGUCUGCAUCCCCCCUUGGAUAAAUUUAGGCUUCGGAUGGCGGUGAUGUACCCGGAUAGAGAAGAUAUUCUAGAAAAGUUGUUGACCAGUUUUGCACAAGAGAGAAGUGUCAAAGAGUUAGAUCUCAGCUGUCUCAUAUUCACAAAUAUUGCACUAGAAAAGCGGCCGCAGUCAUCCCUCCAAAUACUUGUUAAUAUCAACUCUUUAACUAGUUUGAGUUUGGAGUCUGUGGGAAUUGAGAAUGAUGUUACUCGUAGUGGUGAUAUAGUACUUCUUCCAUCUUUGAAGACCGUGUCCCUCGAAUCUAUACACCUACAGUCUAGCUUUAAGUUUUUGUCCCAUCUAAUUUCAAGGUGCCCUGCCAUUGAGUAUUUGACAUUGACUUCAUGUACCGAAUUCUUUUGGUUCGGUCGAUCAGAGUCGAUUACAAUUGCACGGUCUCGUACUCUCAAGCAUUUGGAGAUUAGAGAUUGCAGUUUUUCAAUAUUCCAUGUAUCUGACUGUGAGGUUCUUGAAUCUGUUACAUUGGUUUCAAAAUCUCCAAGAGUCAUCUUAGCUUUGUAUGGAGGCAGGAACUUGAAAUAUAUCAACAUCUGCUCAGAGAAGGCGACAGAUAUUGGCCGUUGCAAAGACUCUGUGGAGGCCACAAUGGAUACUCCAAAUCUUCAACUGUUUAGAUUCAAUGGUUUCGAUGCAAUGAAAUGCAUGAAUGGAAGGCAUUUAUUGAGUAAUUUCGUAAUAAGCACAGAGAUGCUGGCGAGCUAG